AUGACGUACAACACUUGCCCCUCGCGAAGCCAGCAUAUUACGUCACCUAUGCGUAUUACGUUUAUGUUAGUGGCCUACGUUAUCUUGGUGAAGGUACGUACAGCGGACGGUGACCGAGAGAGGGAACGUUUCCUCCCGCCCCCGCCCCCGGCGCUCAGGAUGCCGCUGGCUCCGGCUGGGCCCGCGCACCUGGUGCGCUGCGGGCAGAAGGAUGAGCUGUACCGGAGCGGCUUGCGGAGCGGGGCUGGGGCAGCGCUGCAGGGACUGGCGGGUACUAAGAAAUGGCUGGAAUGGAGGAAAGAGAUUGAACUUCUUUCUGAUGUAGCAUACUUCAGCCUCACCACUUUGUCUGGUUAUCAAACUCUUGGUGAAGAAUAUGUUAAUAUUGUCCAAGUUGAUUCUUCCAAGAAGAGAAUUCCUUCUCUGCUUCGACGAGCCAUUUUGAUUUCUCUUCAUACUGUUUUGCCUUAUUUGUUGGACAAAGGAUUAAUCCAUCUGGAACAUGAGUUGCAGACAGAAACUAGUGGAUUUAGAACCUUGCAGAGCAAUGGUCUAUGGGGCAGGACUUUGGUACAAAGCUGGGUGCAGAAACUAGUUGGCAGGCUGACAGAACAGCAGAAGAAAACCCUUUUACAAACUGUGUAUGUCCUCAAGCAAUGCAUCCCCCUGCUCCGUAGGCUGCAUCUGGCAGUGUUUUAUAUAAACGGCCUCUUCUAUCACAUUUCUAAAAGGAUCACUGGAAUAUCAUAUCUUCGUGUUCCAGGAUUGCCUGGAGAUGACCAAAGCAUUCGAUCAAGUUACAAGCUUCUUGGGAUAGUUUCACUGCUGCAUCUCGUACUAACAGUCAGUGUUCAGAUAUACAGCUUCCAACAAAGGCAGAGGGCAAGGCAGGAGUGGAAACUACACCGCAACCUCUCAUAUCCAAAAAAUCAGACUGAGGAAAAAUCUGUUGUAUGCAGUUCCCGAUGCACACUGUGCUUGGAAAAACGUAGGCAUGCAACAGCCACUCCCUGUGGCCAUCUGUUCUGUUGGGAAUGCAUCACAGAAUGGUGUAACACCAAAGCGGAGUGUCCAUUAUGCAGAGAGAAAUUUCAUCCUCAGAAACUGAUCUAUCUGCGGCAUUAUCGAUAACUGUAUCAAGCCACUGCUGUUGUCCCUGACAAGAUCCCAGGCUGCUUUAUCUUUAUCAGCCAGCAAAGCCAUAAUACAGUUUGGCUUAAUCCACAAGCAAAACUUUAUUUUGAGCCUAAAUCUUUUUAUAAAACUUAACUGUUUUGUACAAGCAGUAAAAGGUGAUGCAUCUCAUUCCUGUUACAAAAUAAACUUAACGUACUUUGGUCUACUGCCUUGUCUUGUACCUCAGACCUUGACCUGCCAUGUUAAACACUAUUCCCAAAAAUUGCUUAGAGCAAGUGCUAACCUUAUUUAUGCUGUUUGUCUGCAUUUCACUUUGAACAAUGAAGAGAAUUAGACUAUUGCCCUUGCUGUUAGUUGCAAAUACUGUGGGAGGACUUAAAUCCAAACAGCCUUUCGUGGCAUGCUUUUAGUAUUAUGGAAGUUUUAGGAUUAAGACUUACAUAUAAAUGUUGGAUCUUUGCUCCCUUCCUGUUCUCCUAAAACUACAACAGUCCCUGCUGAAGCUUCAGGUGGAAAUAGUAUGCGUGCAUAUGCUUAGAGUAGAAGAAAUUAGAGUUAUGACUAAUGGCAGUGGAAAUUCUCAUAAGAAAUAUGAAUCCUAACAGCACCAUUCUAUUUUUACAGCAUAAUUUGGGUUAACAGUAAAACUUCUGUGCUUCAAUUUAAUCUCAAAUUCCAAUAGAACAUGAGCACACCUUGCACAUGUAACUGCUGAUGUAAACUGAACACUACAGUGAAAAGUGCUGAAGAUCAGGUUAAUUUAUGUACCACUUAGUUUGUUGUUUCUCACUGCUACAGCACAAUACUGUCAAUCCCUAUUAUCACAUUUAAAAUAGUCUAGCAAUUUAAAUUAGAUUGUUUUACACAGCAUAUAGAAUGCUUUUGUAUACACUAAGUUUUAAAACCACUCACUGAAUGUACAGUUGCAGGAACAAGUUCAGUAAAGGACACUUCCUGUAAUAAUCAUGAAGAAUUUAUAUUAAUUCAUUAUAUAUACAUACAGACUGCAGUGGUAUCUUCCAUUGCCCAAAAUACAAGAUUAGUAAACCUCACACUCCUACCCAGAACCUUUUGGCAAUAGCACUAUCAACUCUGCUGAUUACACGUUUUACAGCACAAAUGAAGAGGGAUGUUUACAAAAGCAUCACUGCUUAAGAUUUUUUUUCCAGGAACCAUUAGUGAUUCAAAUAUCCAAAAAACAAGUGUUUUGGGAUGAAAAACAUAAUCAAACAUUGUGGUUCAUCUUUCUGCUCUUGCAUGAUAGCUAAAGGUACAACUCAGAUUGCUAUUCACAUGCUCUGAGGGAAAAAAAUCCAGAAUUCAUCAAGUCUUUGACAUGCAUAACAAACUACUUAAAAAUAAGCUUUUCACUGAAGCAUCUAAAGGUUAAAAGAAAGCCUUGGAAAAUACCUUAUUAGAUCUUGAAUCCAUACUAAGUUAAGAGCACUUCUGUUAAAAUAACUAUACUGCAGAGGUCCUGGCCAUAUAGGCAACAUAUAGCAAGAGUUGUGGACAACCUCUCUCUACAAACUCCCACACAGUUAGGUUCCUACAGAAAGCCUGAAAGAAGAGAUAGGUACUGCUAUAUGCAGAAGAACAAGACACUUAACUCUGCUGGAUAAGUGAGAGACAUGAAAUACCCUAUCCCUACCCUCCCACCUUUCAUAUCAAAGGCUUCCUAGGAAAACCCCACCUGAACUUAACUGUCAAUACAGUAAAGGGAGAAAGGUGGCCUGAGCCAGGACUCAAGGCAUAUGCAGCUUUAGAGAUCCUUGUCAACACAAUUACACAUGGAAACAUGUAGCAAGCUAUUACUGAUGGUAGAACUUGGAUAAUGCUGCCAAGAAAGAAGGCAGUUGCAAUGCAAUCUGCACUAGAAAGUUAUUCUUGAAUCUGUCAAGAUCUAGGUCUCUUCAGCCAUAAUUGAUGAAGGCAUAUAACUUAACACUAAGAAAACAUUUAGAAGUGGUUUAAGAAGAUGCCUUCUUAAACAGUUUAGAACAGUUAACCAUUGCACAGGUGGUGUGUUUUUGUUAUUUUUAAGAGAAACCAUGUUCUAGACUUGUUCAUGCCUGGGCAUGGAUAAUACUUAUUAUUUGAACAUCAUUAAAAUUUCAAUGCAUAGGGGGCAAGCUACUCCUACCUACAACAAUAAGAAGAAGGUAUUGAUCAUGAGCUGCCACUGAGAGAAAAACAGCAGCUGAGCAAAGGAACUAUAUUUCAAAUCUGCAAUUACAAGCAUAUUCCUUUUUUACAAUUUUAAUAGAUAAGUCUCUAAUUCACCUUUAAGGCUUGAUGCUGAAAGGGAGUCAACCAGCCACUUAUUUUGUGCCUCCAAUAAUUCUGUAGGUAAAUGAAUACAAAGAUAAUUACUAUUUUUACAUAUCUCCCUGAUUUGCAGGCACAGGCAGAAGUGAAACUACAAAAACUGACAGCAAAUUGUAAGGCAGUGUCUUAAACGCAGGGCUUUUAGUUUUUCUUGGCAGCAACAGUGUUCAUGAUUGGCAUUUGAUAAGGGCUUAUGGUUAUAUGGUAUUUUUCAAUCACGUUUGCAUGAAACUUUAGAUUGAACAAAUUUACUUUAUAAAAAAAACAAAAAACACACACACUGUUUUCCACAAUGCUAGUUAAAAAACCAUAGGACAUUUCAAGAUUACAGCAGGCUGAAUCUAAUUAAUGGUGUACAGGGUUUCCUAUUGACUUUUUCAUUCUGCACAAGCAAACAUGAGUUCCUUUGUACGCGUUCCAUAGUAAGAAUCUAUUGAAGCUGCCGCUACACUAUGUAGUGCAUUCAAAGGACGUCUCAUCCUAGCACCUGAAAUAUAAUUCAACUGAAUAAACUCUUAAGAACUAAGUAAAUGUGUUAUUUGACUAAAAAGAGGACAAUGUAAGCGUUGACACCAUUUAAAAUGUCAGAUCUAUAAAUAUUAUUAGCCCAAUAUAUUUCAUGUAAAGAUGACUAAAACAAGAAAGGGGGACAACUGUCUUUUAAUAAAGUUUGGAAUUAAAAAGUCACUUAAUAAAAUUGUAGCUGUAUCACAUCAAAAAGUUUACAUGCAGGUCAUUUAUUUCUAUAUUUUUCAUAGAAAAUGAAAAGCUGUUAAAAUCCACAACGUUUGUCUGCUAUGGCCAGUUUGGGUGUGUUCUUAAGGGGCUGCAUGAAGCAAACUUAAGUU